AUGAAACUAAAAAGACAGGUGAUAUUCGCCAAAAAAAGGAAAUUCACACAGGGGGGGUGCCGCUUCAUCCUCACCAAUAGGGAGUUACAGAGCAAGCUAAAGAACAACAGCCACCUCGUUAGGCUAAUAAAGGAUGUCAUUCCAAGUGAGCAGAGAGAAAAGGGCAUCAGCCAGGGGGACGACGCACAGAUCACCCAUUUGGGAUUCUGCUACCUUUACAAAAAUGUUACCAUUAACAAAGUGGGGAGAAGAAAAGGCAUGCCGUAUGAACCGUCUGGUGAAUACGCCGGUGGUGUGCUCUCCAAUUUGAGGAAUGAGGACUCCCUCGGCUGGUACCAUGAAGUUGUGCUUAGCUAUGACGAAGCGGGAAAAGGAGGCAAACUUGCAAGCAGAGCCAAACAUCUAAGCGGGGGCAACAUAAAGGAGGUCUACUCCUACGUGAUGAAUUCCCUGAAGACGCUGACCCCCCAGCAAGUCCUCCUAACGUUGCACAGCUUCAUCAUGCACGGCGUCCAGGUGGAGCACUUGAAAAAAAUAAACGAGCAUGUGAUAAAUAACAUUUUUAAUUUCAAAACGAGUGAGCUGAUUUUAAUUCACCUGUUUUAUGUCUCCUUCGAGGGGAGCUGCGGAAAUGGGCCGGCUGGCGAAUCGCCCGGGGUGGUGGGGCGUCCAAGUGGUUCUGCCAUUUGCGGUGAUACUGCCAUUUGCGGUGAUACUGCCAUUUGCGGCGAUACUGCCAUUUGCGGCGAUACUGCCAUGUAUGGCGAUACUUCCACCUCGGUUGAGCCCCCUUUGGGAAAAGACGAACGUGCCCACCACUACGCUGGCGCUGAUGGUGAGGGUGCCUCGUCCCUCUACAUAACCAACCGCGUGAACCAUGAAAUUCGCUCCACUGCGAAGGAACUGAUAAGAUACACCUCCCAUUUGUUUUACAAGAGGAGAGAGCAAUUGCUCCUAAACCAAAUUGAGGAAAUACUAUUCAUAUGGAGCAAGUACAAUGAGUAUCAAAAGGAACUAUUCGACCACUUCAUCAGAGUGAUCGAAGGGUCUAUGCAUUCGUUAAAGGUGGGCAAUAUUGAGUUCAUUUUAAAGGGGGAGUCUUCCCCUCUGGUCAAAAUUAAAAAGGAGUCCAUUCAUGAGGUGAAUAAAUUUAACCUCCUCAUUAAAUGCUUUUAUCACCUUUCUGGAAUUAAAAAAAUAACCCUCUUGGAGGAGACCCGCCGGAAGUACUUCUCCCAGUUUGCACUCUUCCUGGGGGAUAAUUUUGGCCUAUUAACUCAGUUACCCCUCCGCAAGUUGUUCAUGCUUUUGCGAGUGGGUGAAGUAGCAGGAAAAGGGGUUGACCCUUUGGGUGAGCACACCGAUGCGAAGUGCGAAAUGGAGAAGGGGGACCGCCUAAAGUGCCACCUGUUAAACCUUAUCGACGGUAGGCUAAAGCAAACAAACCAGAAUCACCACUACGGAAGGAGGACCCACCCAAAGGAGGCGUCCAAAAAUGAGUCCAAGUGCGUACAGGUGUUAGACGCUAUCGGUGCAUACUACUCAGAUGGGUGUAGUUCAGAUGGCAACUGCAUCAGCAUGAAGGAACCACCUACCUGUGGCGGUACCGAUCAAACUUGCGGGGAGGCGCACAACGUGGGUGAGUCGAGGGGGGAAGCCCACUCAGACACGUCACUCCCUCAAAUGAACAACAGGGGCAACCCGAUCGGUGGGCCGAAAAAUUGCACCCAUCGCGCUGAAAGUAGCCAUAUAGCUCCCCACGAACACCGCGGAAGGGACCAACCAGGCGUGCCCAAUUGCACCCCAAACUUAACAUUUCUGAGCAACAUUAAUGAGUACAUUGCGGUGGGAAGUGAACCCUGCAAGAAGUACCUCCCUACCCUUCUUUCCAUUUUGAAAGGGCAAAAAAAAUUCCAGCACAUGCUCCUUUACUUUAUAAAUCAUUUGGACGUAGGAAGCGGCGCGAAUGUGUUGCUCCCAUACAUCAAGUUGACAUGUGAACAUGUUAGCAAUGUUUAUGUGCUGUCCUACAUGGGGUACCUUUACAAAUGCGCCAUCACGAGCAAGGAUUUUUCCAGCCGAGCCAAUUUUAAUUUAGAGAAAGUAGCGGCAUUACUGUCAACUUUGCACAGACGUAUACGUAGCGAUUGUGAGGCUGUGCAGGGAGGCAAACACAAUGGCAAUCCCUCGAAUGUUUCACCAAAUGGGAGAACAUUUCACCAAAAUAACGAACGAUUUCUCGCGUCCCUGCGCGAAAGUAACCCAAAUGUGUAUGAACAUGUUCAGGCAAAUCUGAUCAACUUAAACUUAAAGGAAAUAAAAAAUUUGGACGAGUUCCUUUUCCAUUAUGCGUACAAACAUAUGGUGAAUGAUACGUUCGAAUAUUUGGAAAAUGUGUUACCCUAUGUGAAUAGCCAACCGUUGGUCAAUCACCUUCUGUGGCUCUUUGUGCAGAUAAAUAAUUACUACAGUGUGCAUUCCAAGGGAGGAGCCCCACGGGGUGAAAAAAUUGCUACAUUAUUUUUCCAAAAAAUUUGCAUUUUGAAUUUUUUAACCUCAUACCAGGAUAGAAGUGAUAACUGUUACGAAGCGGUGAAGAAUAUUUUAACCUACGUGCGUCUCGAAAAGGAUGUUGAGAGGGCCCUUUCAAAUUAUGUGUUAAAAUUAUAUUUUAAAAAAUUUACUGGCCCAUUUGGUAAUGAAGAUAUGCUUUCCUAUAUUACGAACAUCCUCCAAAAAUUGGCCAACUGUAGUUGCGCCUUAACGUAUCAGAAUGAUGGGACGUUUCUCAUAUGCUCAAAUGGGACUGACCAGGUGAGCACCCCCCUACUGGGGGGCCAAAUUAUUCACAUAAUAAAUACGCUCAUGCAAAAUGGCUGUUGCGCCCAUUUGCUUAACUUCCUCGUUUUGGUAAAUGCCGGGGUUAGCUUUGGCACUCUCUUUGGCGGAAUAAGGAACCAUCUGUAUUCCUACGCAUUUUAGCUUCCUCCCCAAGACCGUUGCCGAGUUACCCAUUUGGUCAUCCCAUCAUAGGUGUGGCAAUCCCAUCAUAGGUGUGGCAAUCCCAUCAUAGGUGUUCCAAUUUUACGGAUGCGCCUUUUUUUUUUUUAUUCGCGUUCUCACCCCCUUUUCAUUCGUACCGCUCUCCGCGUUACUCACAAGUUGAGGUGCCCCCAAAUGGGGACCCCCCCCCGUGCUAUGUGCGGUGGAAAUAACGGACGGGCUGCUUGUUUACGUUUCCUUGGGGUGGAAUACCACACCUGCAAAAUGCCCCUCUCCAUUUUUGCUCCCUUCGGAGAGAUAUACCAAAACGGUUAACAUGUUCAGUCUACCCCGCUCCGUCUUUGCCUUUUGGAAAGCCAUUUGAAAGAACGCAAAAAAUUAUGAAAAUUGCUAACCAUUUCGCCUUUUUUGCAAAUGUUUACAACUUUUACAAACACUGGUCAUCCCGCAGACGCGCCGAGCCACCGCCGCCAUCCCAAAGG